GACGACAAGUGCGGCGCGCAUUGGCCUUUGGGGAUGCGGGGUGUUCCCGGAGCAGCCGGUGGGCCUGGACCGGGACUCCCCCCAGUGCCAUAGGGGGUGUUUCCUGCUCCGGCUAUGGGGCGGUGGAGAAUUCAUUACACAAGUUACCGGGGCAGGAGCAGCGGGCAGGGGAAAGAGGAGAGGACAGUUGGAUGGAAAGGAUGUGUCGUUGGUUUAUGGAGAUGCCGGAGUGUCCUGCAGCUCUAGGUACAUGAGAAGAUUUUUCGGCAGUUUAUUGUGGAAACCACUGAUCACCUUGCCUUCAUUUCUGCUUGUUCCGUGUUGGCAAGGGAGUGUGCCCAAAUGAGCAAGAUAUCGCCGCAAAACAGUACUCCUGGAGUGAACGGAAUAAGUGUUAUCCACACGCAGGCGCAUGCCAGCGGCGUGCAGCAGGUGCCUCAGCUGGUGCCUGCUGGCCCUGGGGGAGGAGGCAAAGCUGUGCCUCCCAGUAAGCAAAGCAAGAAGAGUUCACCCAUGGAUCGGAAUAGUGACGAGUACCGGCAGCGCCGAGAGAGGAAUAACAUGGCUGUGAAGAAGAGCCGAUUGAAAAGCAAGCAGAAGGCACAAGAUACACUGCAAAGAGUGAAUCAGCUCAAAGAAGAGAAUGAACGGUUGGAGGCGAAAAUUAAAUUGCUGACUAAGGAGUUGAGUGUACUCAAAGAUUUAUUUCUUGAGCAUGCACACAACCUUGCAGACAACGUGCAACCCAUUAGCACUGAAAGUACAGCGACGACAAAUUCUGAGAAUGCAGGACCGUAGACCCCACCUUUCCCAGACUGCACGACUGUGGCUUGAAUGUUACAGGUGUGACCACCUGUACCACCUGUGGCAGUGGCUGGACAUUGUCUUGUUCCAUCGUCAAAGAUCCAUUGGAGCUUAUUUAAUCGGCACUGAAGAGUUGAUUAGCACAAAAUAGUAGCCAUGUGAUUAAAGAAUCUGGUUUUAAAUGA